UAACUGCUCCUCUGCUGUCAAAUUCCACAUUGUCAACUUCCUCCAUGCUUCAGAAUCCAAUGGCUGAGCCAACUGUUGUCAACAUCACUAACACCACAGAAGUGAACCUUGCACAAAGUAGUGAAAAUUCAUCUUCUGCAACUCCCCUUGCAGUAACUCUAAAACCUGUCCUUACCAACCAGUCUGAAACAAACCUUGAUACAACAACUACAGGACCAUCAGCAAAGCCAUCUCCUGAAGUGCCACACAAAUCCCUUGAAGUUUCUGCGGGUGACAACAAAGUACUAACACUUCCAGUGAACACAGUAAGCUUGUAUGCCAGUGCAUGGCCAAAGGAGACUUCAGAAAAUCCAUACUCAUACCAUUGGCAACAGAUCUCAGCCCCCGAAGGUAGUCAUGGUUACAUGGAGGGGCAGGACUCCAGAAGAGUAAUACUCAGUCAGCUUGAUCAAUCUGGUGUGUAUAAAUUCAAAGUGAAAGUCACUGCUGUGGACCAAUCUUAUGGAUAUGCAUUUAUUAAUGUCACAGUUUUGCCUGCUCCUCGAGUGAAUAAGCCACCACGUGCUGACAUCUCUCCUAAGGAACAAACAAUUACCUUGCCAACCAAUGAGGUUGUACUUGAUGGAUCAAAGAGUUCGGAUGACGACAAAAUCACUCAAUACAAAUGGGAAGAAGUGAAAGGUCCUCUAAAUGACAAGAACAAAAUGAUGAGCUCAGGAGUAGACUCUCCUGUACUUCAGCUCAAGUCUCUUGUUCCUGGAAUCUACACAUUCAAGUUGACUGUGACUGACUCAGAUGGUGAAUCAGAUUCCACUACAGCCACAGUGACUGUUAAUGAUGGGCACGAGUUCUCCAACUUUAAAGGUGUCCAACAUGGUUGUGGGUGACUACACUUUUGUGUUAAAAGUGACCGAUACUGGGGGACAGACUGCUAGCUCUAGCUUGACAGUAGUGGUUCAACCUGAGAAGAAUGCCCCACCUGUGGCAGUCGCCGGGUCAGAUAAGGAUCUGGUGUUUCCUGACGACUCCACAGUUCUUGAUGCCUCAUCUAGUCAUGAUGAUCAAAAAAUUGUCAGCUACCACUGGGAGCAGUCAAGCGGGCCGCGCCAAGCUGAGAUGUCGGGGGUCAAUGACAAAGUUGUGACGGUUAAGAAACUUUUAGAAGGUCACUAUGUGUUCAAAUUAACGGUGACAGAUGACAAGGGACUCACGGGAACUGAUACAGUGGCAGUGAAUGUUAAGAAAGAUAUAAAUAAGCCUCCUAUUGCCAAUGCUGGUCCAGAUGUCACGGUACAUCUCCCAAACCGAGCAGCGGAACUGGAUGGAUCCAGUUCAUAUGAUGACCAUGGGAUUGUUAUGUACGAGUGGUCACGUGAUCCUAAAAGUCCCGCGGCUGGUGAUGUCAUCAACAACAGUGACCAUCAGGCUGUACUGCGGCUGUCAAACCUUGUAGAGGGAAUAUACAAGUUCAAGCUCACUGUGGCUGAUGGGAAGGGGCUCAAGGGCAACGAUGACGUCAUACUUACUGUAAAAGAAGAUCAAAACAGUGCUCAUCUUGUGGAGUUGUACCUGGAUGUCGACAUCACGAAAUUCACCGAAGAAAAUAAGGAGCAGUUAAUUCGUAAACUGGCGGUAAUCCUUGACGUUCAAGAUGAGGAUAUUAUAGUGGAGCAUUUAAAAGAAGCUGGUGUCGGACAUAGUAUGAAGGUGAUGUUUUACGUUAAAGAUAAAUUGCUCAAAGCUAAGGAUGGCUACGAGGUGGCUGCAAUAUUAAAGGAGAAGAUUGGGAACGAGGAAGGCUUCUUCGAGUUUAGAAUGUUGAAAGUAGAGCCGUAUAUUUGCAGGAAUAACUGUUCAGGUCAUGGUUACUGUGAUCGCAGCACCAAGAUGUGCGUUUGCGAAAGUUUUUGGAUGCAGGAUUUCUUCAAAGUGCACUUUGGAACUAGAGAAAGCAAUUGCGAUUGGAGUAUUUUAUACGUAACUGUCAUAAUCUUCGGCAUCAUUAUGGCCAUCGGUGGGAUUGUGUGGGCGAUAUGUUUCUGUAUGGGAAGAAUCCGUCGUAAGAAGGUUGUAGUUUCUGUUAAUCCUCCGAGUACAGAAGAUGCUUCUUCAACAGAUCGUAGGAGACGAGUCCGUGGCAAGAGGCGCCAUCGUUACGCCGUUCUUGAUGAGGACGAGGAGGAUAAACUCGAGAGCAUGGAGAUGCUUCCCAAAGGAGGUAAAUAUUUAAGUACCAGUCUGAUGCUGAGUGACACCGGGGAUGAUAGCGACGCAGAAUCAACUGUUUUCGAAGCUAAGAAACGACACAUGAACGGCUCGAUGAAUGGCUAUAUAAGAAAAGACACGUGAUGCAAAGCACUUACAAGUAACAUGCAAACCAUCGAUAGCUCUUUUGGCUACUGGUUCAUCCCAGUACCUCGUGUAAGAAGGAGCUUAAGGAACUUAUAGGUCAAUGUAGCCUAGUGUCCAGGGACUCACGAGGAGUUUAGCCGAAGGAAAGUGACUCAGAACGAAAACGUGGCUUCUAUUUAAUGCCACAAUCUUGAGUGACGAUUACGCACCGACUUCUGGUUUGCUCGCUCGUGGAGGCAAUAGCAUUUUUCUGCACAAAUUUUUGUCGAGUCGUGCAAAAAAACUUGUUGCAGUGUUUCAGAUUUGGUCGAUGCGAUAUGAUAACAAGAUAGAGAUAUACGGCUCCAUUCUUAAAAGAAUGCAAAGCAUAUAAAUUGGAGAUUUUGGAUGGUUUACGUGUUUUAAAUCGUUAACACUGCAACUUGGUUGAGAUGGCAAUGAAAAUUUAACUGUCGAAGAAUGAUGGCUCCCCCGGGUGAAAAUUUGAAUGAGAUAAUUGAAAGUUAUGAAAAAUUAUCUGUAGUUAAAUAUUACUUUUAUAAAUUCAAGAAGUGAAUAGGAUACAACUAAUAUAAAUACACAGUUUACAUAUGAAAAUUAAUAGCGAGCUAUUUCGCUGAAUCUUAAACCAAAUACAGUCAUAAAUUAUUAGCGAUUACUUGUGCUUCAUGCUUAAGUGAAAGUUCACAUAUUUCAAAGUGAAAGAUUCCGCAUGUCAAAAAACGUUAUCGAUGUGCACUUCAUUAGCAAAGUUAAGAGGCUUUGGUAGAACACUUUUGCGCUGUGUUAUUUAGCGCUAUAUAGCUGGAAAAACCAUGUCGCUAACACAGUUUUAGCACUGCGCAACGGAGCAUAGAAUUAGGUAGAGUGUCCAAGAAGUAAUUUAUAUUGUAGGGCAAAGCUCGUAAUUUGCGUAAAAUCUAAGUAAAGAAUUGAUUGCGUAUGGUUUUUCUUGUUAAUCACUGAUCUGUAACUUCUCUUUGAAGAUCGCGAUUUUGAUGUUGCAGACGGGUUUUUGCAGUGUACUUCUCAGAAUUGAUAUAUGUGUCAAGAUCUCAAUUCGUUACCUUGUAGACAUGAUUUGGGAUAGACAGAUCUGUUCAAGUUACAAGAAAAUGGAUAGCAAUUAAAUACGCAGAUGGCAAAUCAUAUUUGUAAAGGUCAAUAGUCAAGAGAAUACAACGGAGUUGACGUUGAAAUAGCCUCUGCGAAGUAACAUAUCAAGGAGUUUUCCGCAAGAAGAUUUUUUCACUUAUUUGUUACCAUUUCAGUUUUCCACGAGUGCACAAUCAAAAUGCCCGACUAGAGAGUAAAUAGGAACACUCAACAGUUCGUCUCCAUUUUCAUUCGUUUGGAAUAUGGUGAUGUUUGAUUUUCUUAUAGAUAUAGUUGGUUUUUUUUUGGGGUUUUUUGUUUAGUUUCUUAACGUCUCAAUUUUUAUCUCUCCAGUUAGGAUACAUUUGCCACAAAAAAGAAAAAAGAAAGAAAAUUGUAGAUGAGCAGCAGACCAAAAAGAAUUCGUAACAAUGAUACUAUCUGCCUUGAUAUUUAGAGAAAAUUCAGCCAACUUAUAGCAAGUAUAAUGACAGCUGAAAAGUGGAAUUUUUAUUUUAGAUUGAUCUGUAGGAAUAUUGAACAACAGACCUUUUGCUGCGGGUCUGCUUAAAUGAGACGCUUUCGUACGAUAACUUUUUUUUUUAUCUAAGAAUAUCUGAUGAAACGAUGGAGAUCUCUUGGAAAUAGAUGCAGUGGUAGAAAACUCGCGCCUCCAAGUGGUUGCAGUUUAAAUAAUUAAAUAAAAUAUUUAUAAAUCGCUCAAGGCUAUUGCAAACAUUUAUUAACGGAGGCACACGGCGAGGUUUUAUUUGAAUCAAUAAAGUUUCUUACAAGGUACAGCA